GUCUUUCCUUGUCUUUGUUCCGGCCGGCCCGGCCCUGGCAGCUGCUGCGGGCAUCUGCGUCAUCCCUCUUCCCAUCAGCAGCCGCCGUCUCCGAUAGUGUCUGAGUUGCUGUCUUCCCGGCGCCCCCCCUCACUGACAGUCAGCCUUCUUGUGCGCACUGAUUGAUGUCGAAUUUCACGGACGAGGCGUACAACAAGACAACCACCGGCGGCAGAGGGACGCUCGUGGGCAACUGGUGGGAAGAGGAGCAGCUGCGUGACGCCACUGGCACCGGAAGGACCACCCUCUCAAAGCCAAUCAAGCCGGGGUAGGCAGACAGUCACAGGCAAGCACCACGCCCGACGUACGCUGUUUGUCGCCCAUCUAGGCAGCAGAGGGGCGUGGACAACACAUUUGACCGGAUUGCAGGGUACCGCAAGAUUGACGUCCACAACCGGUCUGUCAACAGCGACAUCGGCAGCACGCUUGGCAACUGGCAGCACGGCAGGCCUGCUGGUGUGCCGCCGCCAAGACACGGACAGAGAGGGGCUCUACUGUUGCGACAAGUGAGCAAGGAGCGGGGGCCCGGGGCGCAUGUGCCUGCCUGCAGUCUGCCAUGAUCUCUCUCUUUCUCUCUCUCUGUGUGUGUGUGUUGUGUCUCCCAUUCCUUCCUGCAGAUAGAGAGGGAGAGCAUGCAGGAGCUGCGUUACGAGGAGGAGCUAUAUCAGCAGCGGCUGAAGGCCGCCACCGGGCCGCCCAACAGUGUGUAUCUGUCGAGCUUUGUCGACAAGAGCAUGCGCGCCAAGCUGCCCAGGAAGCCAGCCGAGGCAAAGGAGCCCGAGUUGCCGCCUGAUGUGCCUGAGGUGAGUGAGGUUCGAGAACAGAGAGAUUGGUGUCUCCUCCAUGUGUUGACUGACUGACUGUGUCCUGCCUGCAGAGUUCGUAUUGCGCGGCAGUGCCGACCACCCUGUACACACAGCUGGUGGAAAGCGGCAAGUACGCAGCCAUGCAUGCUCGCCAUUGAGUGCCCUGCCCUGCACGGCUCUCUGUGUCUCUGCCGCAUUUCAGUACUGGAGGUGUGUCGUUUUCGCCACCCACCGGCCCCUCCAUAUUCGGCAAGAACAGCUCUUUCUCCGUCCCCACCUCUGACUAUCUGGGGGUGAGUGAGAGAGAAAAAGUAUUAACACCACAUCACACCCCUAUCUGCAAGCAGGCCAAGUAUAAGGACCAGGACGAUGCGGACAGGCUGGAGAGGAUGAGUGCCGCCCGCAGGAGUGCGGCCAAGGUGCUGGCCACCCAGACGGUUCGCCGCAGCGGCGCCCUCGUCCCCCCGCCCCCGCCACUGAAAGACCGCAGUGGCGUCAAGAACCCUUUGACAGGACACUUCAAUGUCAGUGGGCACAGAGAGGUGACGCUGGAUGUCUAUGUGUGUGGGUGGAUGGAUGGGUGUGUUUGUGCAGGUGGGCAAUCUGGUGGCUCUGAAGCGUGAGGUGCGAAUCGCUCUCAAGAACUCCCCGAGUGGUGGGGAGUUCGGCCUGGUCAAGCUGCGGACCGCUCUCAAGUAGGCUGGGAUGGGCGGUUCCAUCUUGUUCCAGCUUGUUCCUCGAUUGUUCCUUCAGGGCAGCGGCUGACCAUGACGAUCGUCUGAGCAUUGAGGGUUUGCUGGAUGUCCUCGUGCCUCUCCUCGGCCUCCCCACCACACCCCCGCCGCCCCCACAAUACGACGAGGAGGGCAAUCCUAUCAGGACAGAGCCGGAACAGCAGCAAGUCGACCCGCAGGCGCUGAAGGUGAGAAGACGCCAAUGUCACGCCAUGGAUGACACGCGAGACACAAUCCGGUCUCCUCCAUUGUGUUGACCCCGCCAGUACUACUCGUGCAUGCUGGAUGCGCUUGGUUUGGCUCUGCGGUGCUACAUAGCGCCGAGCGCACCGGCAGGCGUUCUCCCCUCAAGCGUCAAGGUAGGUGGGUGCUCAUAGGAAAGAGGACUCUUAGAGGAGACAUGAGACAAAGGGGCGGGUGGCAGGCUGUUGGCAAAUUUAUCUUUCCAUCUGCAGAUGGACGUCCAGACAAUUAUGGGUUUCCUGAGGGUCUGCAGUGCACCUUCCAGCAAAGAAGGGGCGACGAAAAAUUGUCGAUCGUAUAUAUUUGUAUGUGUGCUUAUGGUAUAUUGGUCGUGUAGCCGGGGUUUGAUGACGAGAGGAGGGAAGCCAUGGUCAGUGCACUCGACAAGCUGUGCGGCCCGCCGACAGAAGACACUGGGGUGGGCGUGGCGUGUCAGAUGCUGUGUGCGGCUUGCACAUGGACACGCACUCUCUCUCCAAUGGGGUGCAGUUGUCAGUUGAGAGGCUGCGUGAGCUGCUUCCGAGCCCUGCCGGCACUGAAGUGCUCAAACAAGGUGAGUCCUCGUACGGACGAUGGAACAAAGCUUUGUACGAUCAUUGAUGCGGGGCGUCCUCUCUGGAUCGAUGCAGCUGUUGGCGACGCGCCCAAAGUCAGCCGGCAAUUUAUGAGGGACUUCCUCAAGGUCAGCACGGCCCCACCCAUUCCCCCACACCCCCUCCCCAUCAUGUCUCUCUCUGUCCGCUGUGUGUGUCUCCAUGCCAUGUGUGUCUGUGUCUCAGGACUGGUGCGGGAUGGUUGACGGCAGCUGUGCCAGCGACGAUGAGCCAUACGACGAGGCGUUUGCACUCAACCUCAACUACUUCCUUGAUCGAGUCGUGGCCUCUGAGCAGUAAACAUCUGGAUUUUGAUAGGCAUACACACAUCCAUAUGGAGAUCGAGUUGUCUGUCUGAGCGACACAUGCACACACACACACACACACAAACACACACACGGCCAUGAAGGAGCUUACGCAGAACAGCG